AUGUCUAAAGAUACACGUUCGACUACUAAAGGCAUCAAAGUUGGUGUUAAUAGCGUUACAUGCUAUUUUUGUGAUUAUGUUCCGCCUGCAGAAAGUGUACAUAAAGACAUUCUGCCUGCCAUGAACAACUGUAGAAAUCUCAGAUACAUUUGCGAUGGUUGCCUCAGGUCUUUCGAUGGUUUGAAAACAGUGACCAAACCAAUUCUGGAUAAAAAUGAUGAAAUAGAAUUGGAAAUUAAAAAGAUUUCUGAACAUACAACCGCGUUAUGUAAAGAUUUUUGCGAACUAAAGCAAUUGGUAGUGGCAAAUGGUGAUAGGUUGAACCAGAUCAACAGCGUCGACAAUACGCUCGAUAAAUCAUUUGACAAUUUCAAGCAGCAGAUAAAUGAAUCUUGGACUGGUAUAGUCAAACAGGGUAUCGAUGCGGUUAAAAAUGACGUCAAGGUUGUGCAGCGUACCCUCGAAGUGUUAUUGUUCCUUUUGUGUGAAACGUGGCAUGGUUCUCCUGUAGAUCCUUCUAUUCAGUUGGCCAUGCCGCCAGGUUUUAGUUUCUUGCAAAUGUUGAGGCCUCAUGAUUCUUACCAUGGUGGUCUUAUUGUUUUUUUCAAGAAGAUGUUCAAGGCCAGGAAAAUUGAAGUUCCGGUUUUUCAGACCUUCGAGGCUAUUAUAGUUGAAUUUUCUUUUGAGCGUCGCAAAGUUUUUGUUUUUGGUAUUUACAGACCAGGUUCAAAAUUGGUCACAUCUUUGUUUUUUGGUGAGCUGACAUCGGUGUUGGAACAUUUAUUUGCAUUGGGUGAUGGUUUGAUAGUGGCUGGGGAUUUUAACAUUCAUAUUGAAAGGCCUGGUGAUACACACUCAAUUAAUCUGCUUGAAAUAUUUGAUUCGUUUCAGUUAACAAACGUGGUUAAUGAGCCUACCCAUAACUUGGGUGGCACACUUGAUUUAGUUGUGUCCACUCCUGAUAUUCCUUUGUCUAAUUGUAGAUGUCAGGCUACCAUCGACAACAAGGCGGUUGGUACGCUCUUGGAACCGUUUGGAUACAAAUCGUUUUAA